AUGAUAGACACCUACACGCACCUUACAGCCAUAGGCUACAAGUGGGAAGACCAUAAUAUUGAAGAACAGUGUCAAUGUUCUAGAAGAUAUGGAAGGCAUAAAAGGAAUCAGAGUGGAGAGAAACCAUGCGAAUAUAAUCAAUAUGGUAAAGGCUUUUCACGACAUAGUGAACUCCACAUACAUAGAAAAACACAUGCUGGAGAGAAACAUUAUCAAUGUAAUGAGGGUGAGAAAGUCUUUUCCCAACAUGGAAAUCUCCAAAUGCAUAAAAGAACACAAACAGGAGAGAAACCAUACCAAUGUAAUCAAAGUGAUAAAACCUUUGUAUGUUGCAGUGAUCUCCGAAAGCCUGAAAGAACUCAUACUGGAAAGCAGUCCUGUGAAUAUAAUCAUUGUUGUCAAGCCUUUUCACAACAGGGUAGUCUCCAAAUGCAUAAAAGAACACAUACUAGAGAGAAACUUUAUGAAUCUAACCAAAGUAGUAAUGCCUUUUCAUGCCCCAGUAGUCUCCAAAGGCAUAAGAGAACACAUACUGGAGAGAAACGCUACAAAUGUAAUGAAUGUGGUAAAGCCUUUUCAAACCACAGUAAUCUCCAGGUGCAUAAACGAACACAUACUGAAGAGAAACCCUACAAAUGUAAUCAGUGUGGGAAAGCCUUUUCAAACACUAGUAUUCUCCAGGUGCACAAACGAACACAUACUGGAGAGAAACCCUACGGAUGUAAUCAGUGUGGUAAAGCCUUUUCACAACCCAGUGGUCUCCAUGUGCAUAAAAGAACACAUACUGGAGAGAAACCCUACAAAUGUAAUCAGUGUGGGAAAGCCUUUUCACAUCCCAAUAGUCUCGAAAACCAUAAAAGAACACAUACUGGAGAGAAACCUUACAAAUGUAAUCAGUGCGGGAAAGCCUUUUCAAACACUAGUAUUCUCCAGGUGCACAAAAGAACACAUACUGGAGAGAAACCCUACAAAUGUAAUCAGUGUGGGAAAGCCUUUUCACAACGCAGUGGUCUCCAUGUGCAUAAAAGAACACAUACUGGAGAGAAACCCUACAAAUGUAAUCAGUGUGGUAAAGACUUUUCACACCCCGGUAGUCUCCAUGUGCAUAAAAGAACACAUACUGGAGAGAAACCCUACAAAUGUAAUCAGUGUGGGAAAGCCUUUUCACAAGCCAAUAGUCUCGAAAAGCAUAAAAGAACACAUACUGGAGAGAAACCUUACAAAUGUAAUGAUUGUGGUAAAGCCUUUUCACAAAGCAGUGGUCUCCAUGUGCAUAAAAGAACACAUACUGGAGAGAAACCCUACAAAUGUAAUCAGUGUGGGAAAGACUUUUCACACCCUGGUAGUCUCCAUGUGCAUAAAAGAACACAUACUGGAGAGAAACCUUACAAAUGUAAUGAGUGUGGUAAAGCCUUUUCACACCACAGUAAUUUCCAGGUGCAUAAAAGAACACAUACUGGAGAGAAACCCUACAAAUGUAAUCAGUGCGGGAAAUCCUUUUCAAACACUAGUAUUCUCCAGGUGCACAAACAAACACAUACUGGAGAGAAACCCUACAAAUGUAAUCAGUGUGGUAAAGCCUUUUCACAACCCAGUAGUCUCCAUGUGCAUAAAAGAACACAUACUGGAGAGAAACCCUACAAAUGUAAUCAGUGUGGGAAAGCCUUUUCACAACCCAGUAGUCUCGAAAAGCAUAAAAGAACACAUACUGGAGAGAAACAUUACAAAUGUAAUGAUUGUGUUAAAGCCUUUUCACAACCCAGUGGUCUCCAUGUGCAUAAAAGAACACAUACUGGAGAGAAACCUUACAAAUGUAAUGAUUGUGUUAAAGCCUUUUCACAACGCAGUGGUCUCCAUGUGCAUAAAAGAACACAUACUGGAGAGAAACCCUACAAAUGUAAUCAGUGUGGUAAAGACUUUUCACACCCCGGUAGUCUCCAUGUGCAUAAAAGAACACAUACUGGAGAGAAACCCUACAAAUGUAAUCAGUGUGGGAAAGCCUUUUCACAACCCAGUAGUCUCGAAAAGCAUAAAAGAACACAUACUGGAGAGAAACAUUACAAAUGUAAUGAUUGUGUUAAAGCCUUUUCACAACCCAGUGGUCUCCAUGUGCAUAAAAGAACACAUACUGGAGAGAAACCCUACAAAUGUAAUCAGUGUGGAAAAGCCUUUUCACAAUUCAAUAGGCUCCAAGUGCACAAAAGAACACAUAGUGGAGAGAAACCCUAUGAAUGUAAUCAAUGUGAUACAGCCUUUGCAAGUUGUAGUGGUCUCCAGAGGGAUAAAAGAAUUCAUACUUCAGAGAAACCCUAG